CACAUAUUCUGACAUUUUGUAUGAGUACCUACUUCGUUAUGUGAAGGAUAAGUUAAUACACGGCGAAUCACUUUCCUGAUUGAAAUCAGUGGUUGUAUCCACAUGUAGUCACAGCAUUCAUAUGACCCCGAUUUGAUCCAUUUACCAGUGAUAAUCAAGUUUAUUGUUGAAACAUUUAUAACAAUCCGUCGAAUUGUCUACAAGAUAUUAUGACAUUUUCGUGUAAGCCUCUGGAAUUUCUUUGGAACAAAGAUGAUGGUAGCCUGACGACCGAAUAUUUCGCAGCACUGAGUGCCAGCAUACACAUGUUCUCUGCCGGAAUCACCUAUGCAUGGAUCAUCCCCUCCCUACCACGACUGUUGACUGAUGAGUACCCUUUCGAGAUCACCCGAGACGAGGCCUCGUAUGUCGCCAUCGUCAGCUCAUUGGGGUUCAUAGCCGGUUGUGUAUCCUCUUCGUAUCUCAUCGACGUCAUAGGAAGAAAGAAGACGAUUCUCCUGAUGACCGUACCUCAGGUUCUUUCCUUCCUCAUGAUAUAUCUGUCUUUCUACUCGAAGGUUCUGCUAUACCUCGGCAGGAUAUCAGGGGGCAUUGGUGAGGGCAGUGCCAUGUCUGUGGUAUGUCUCUACGCAGCCGAAAUAGCUUCUCCAUCCCAUAGAGGCGUCAUAGUUAAUCUCACCACGAUCUCCAACGUCAUUGCUUGCCUAUUCAUGAACGUGCUAGGCUCCCUAGUUGACAUCUACACAGCCUCACUAGCGUGCCUAGUAUUCCCCAUUCUCCAAUGGCUGACCUUCACCCCUAUGCCCGAAUCUCCUUAUUACCUGCUCAUAAAAGGAAACGUAGAGGAUGCUACGCGGAGCCUGAGAUCGUUAAGGAGGAAACUAGACGUGGAUGUGGAGUUGGAAACCAUGAAAGCAGACGUCGAUCGACAGAUGUCGGAAAAAGGGGGGUACAAGGACUUGUUUGGCGUACCAGCCAAUAGGAGAGCUCUACUCUUGAUGACUUGCUUCAGAUUCUUCCAUCUGUUCAGCGGAAUGGUUGCUAUAGCAGCCUAUGCCCAAGUGUUAUUCGAAUCUCUACGUAUACCCCCGGCUAUAGGCACUUCCUUGAUCAUGUUCGUCAACAUGCUUAUGUUCAUGUCAGCUAAUUUCUUCAUCGAUAGGUACGGAAGGAAACGUCUGUUGAUAGCUUCCUCUGCGGUUAUAGCUUCUUUCUUGCUAGCCAUAGGAAUUUUCUUCCUAGUGAGAGAGGUAACCUCCAUAGACUUGAACAAUUACAGCUGGCUGCUUUUUACCAUGGUGACGAUCUACUAUAUAUUUUUAUCGGUUGGAGUGAGUCCGGUAGUAGGAGUAUUCGCAUCUGAAUUGUUUUCAGCUAGUGUCAAGGGCCAGGGGGCUACGCUAGGGGGAUUGGUGUACGCGAUAUGUACAAUGGUAUCUAUUAAGUUUUACCAGUUCACUUCGGAUCAUUUGGGGAGGGCGGUGCCUUUUUUCACCUUCGCCAUUGUCACUAUUGGCGCUGUGAUUUUCUAUAUUCGUACCGUUCCCGAAACGAAGGGAAAGACUCUGGAAUCGAUCCAAGAGGAACUGAAAUGUAGUAGUGGCGAAACAAGUGCGGAGAUAACGAAGACAGACUAUGUCGUAUGAAGGUUCAUGUGGAUCAUUAUACUGAUUUUCAAUAGCUGUUAAUGCAUAAUAUUCUUGAAGCUCUCAUUGUUGCUAAGGUACGCUGAGGCAGAGAACAAAGCAAUGAAACAAACAAACAAGCUCUCAUUGCCGUUUAGAUCUUAUCCUCGAUCUAUGCUCUGGUGUAGACUCUGAACAUCCUUUCCCGAACACGUGACUUCCAAUAUAGAUGCUAGUGGACAACAGUCAACGUCAGUUUAGUUUGUUCGUUCACAUAGCUAGUAUAAAUGAAGUUAUACAACCUUAUAUAACAAGUUACACUCACUUUCAUGCACAAGUAAUUUACCCUUGAAAGCCAUCGUACCCUCAAUCAGAAUUGUGUAUCCCUACUAAUCCCUUGAUCAUUUGACAGCAUCUUG